GAACGCCAAUAAUACAUCACUCCGAUUUUCGAUUCCAGGAAAGAAAUUAGUAAGUGAAUGCAACAUGGAGAAGACCGUACAAGUAAAGAAGUCAUAUGCACCCUCUGUGUCCCAAAUAAAUGCAGAGUUUGUAACACAGUUGGCAAAUAAAUAUUGGGCACCACAUGUCAAGAAGAAAUUGCCCUUUGACCCAAAGGUUGUGGAAGAUGUGUACCAGAAAGAAAUUCUGAAGUCAAAGUUUGCAAUCAGGAAGAUCAUGCUGCUUGAGUUUAGCCAGUAUCUGGAGAAUUACCUGUGGGUGAACUAUUCCCCUGAGGUAUCCAGUAAUGCCUAUUUAAUGACAAUUUGCUGUAUUGUUAAUGAGAAGUUCAGAGAAAACGUCCCAGCAUGGGAGACUUUUAAGAAGAAGCCUGAACAUUUUACAUAUUUUUUCAAAUGUAUCCUGGAAGCAUCGCUGGCUGAUGGAGAUGACGAGUUGUCGCUGCGAGAGCAAACUGUUCAACUCCUCUUUCUCGAUCACUGCUUUAACAGCCUGGAAGUGGACUUGAUCAGAGAACAGGUACAGCAGCUCAUCUCCCUUCCCAUGUGGGUUUGUCUGCUACCAACACGGCUUGAGCUUGAAUUAAAAAAAGUACCCAAACUGCGGAAGUUUUGGAAUCUGGUCAAGAAGAAUUAUGAUAAAAUGGAAAAAAAGGCAGCAGAACAGGCUAACAAGGAGAGAACAUUUCUUUCCUUUCUUAUUAGGAAAUUCCUUAGCGUGCUCAAGUCAAUUCCUCCAUCAGGUCCCGUUUCUUUGGAAAAAAUCCACUACUGUGAAAGAUUUAUAGAGCUGAUGAUCGAUCUGGAGGCCUUGCUUCCCACCCGCCGUUGGUUUAACACCCUUCUGGAUGAUUCUCAUCUUGUGGUCCACUGUUACCUGUCCAACCUCCUUAAAAGGGAAAAAGAAGGACAUCUUUUUUGCCAGCUUUUGGACAUGCUUAAGUUCUACACAGGCUUUGAAAUUAAUGACCAGACAGGGAAUGCUCUGACACAGAAUGAAAUGACAACGAUGCACUAUGAUCGCAUCACAUCUUUGCAGAGGGCAGCGUUUGCUCACUUUCAAGAACUUCAUAAUUUUGCUUUGUCAAAUGUGGCAGCAGUGGACACUCGAGAUUCCUUGCUAAAAUUGUUUGGACCUCUCAGUCCCAACACACUCCACCAGGUGGCAUCGUAUCUCUGUCUCUUGCCAGCUCUGCCUGAAGGAGAAGAGACAGCCUAUGAGAAGGAGAUGCUCUUGGAACUAUUGGUGUCCCGACAUGAGCGGAGAAUAUCCCAAAUUGAACAACUUAACCAAAUGCCCCUUUAUCCCACGGAGAAGAUUAUUUGGGAUGAAAACAUUGUUCCUACAGAAUAUUACUCUGGGGAAGGUUGUUUGGCUCUACCAAAACUGAAUCUACAGUUCCUGACUCUUCAUGACUAUCUUCUGAGGAACUUCAACCUCUUCCGACUGGAGUCAACCUAUGAGAUCAGACAAGACAUUGAAGAUGUGGUCAGCCGGAUGAAGCCAUGGCAGUCAGAAUAUGGAGGGGUUGUAUUUGGUGGCUGGGCUAGGAUGGCACAGACAAUUCUCGCCUUUUCCAUUGUUGAGGUUGCAAAACCCAACAUUGGAGAGAACUGGCCAGCCAGAGUGCGAGCCGAUGUCACCAUCAACCUGAAUGUCAGAGACCAAAUAAAGAGCGAAUGGGAAGGUCUCCGUAAACAUGAUGUGUGCUUCCUGAUUACGGUUCGUCCAACCAAGCCUUACGGGACCCGGUUUGACCGCAGGGAACCCUUUGUAGAACAGACUGGCCUAGUGUACGUGCGAGGGUGUGAGAUUCAGGGCAUGCUGGAUGAGAAAGGAAGAGUCAUCGAAGAAGGUCCUGAGCCUAAACCAAAGCUUAAAGGUGAUUCAAGAACAUUCAGGGUCUGGCUGGACCCAAACCAGUAUCAACAGGACAUGACAAACACUAUCCAGAAUGGGGCAGAAGAUGUCUAUGAGACCUUCAAUAUCAUCAUGAGGAGAAAACCUAAAGAGAACAACUUCAAGGCCGUUCUGGAGACCAUCCGAAAUCUGAUGAACACUGACUGUGUGGUUCCUGACUGGCUGCAUGACAUCAUCCUGGGCUAUGGGGAUCAGGGCAGUGCACAUUACUCCAAAAUGCCUAAUCAGAUAUCUCUGUUGGAUUUCAAUGACACCUUCCUCUCCAUCAAUCACCUGAAGGCCUGCUUUCCUGGUUAUAAGGUUAAAGUCGCUGAAGAAAAUCCGUCUCUACAGAAACCUCCAUUCAGGAUCAAGUUCCCUGUGACAAGCAACAAGGGAAAGAAAAGGAAAGCAGAAGAGGAGGGGGAUGAGGAGAAAGAGGAUGAUUGUACUUUAAUAGUUGAACCUCAUGUCAUUCCAAACAGAGGACCUUACCCAUACAACCAGCCAAAACGCAAUACAAUUCAGUUCACACCUACACAAAUAGAGGCUAUACGUGCAGGCAUGCAACCAGGACUGACCAUGGUUGUAGGACCUCCAGGUACAGGAAAAACUGAUGUGGCUGUGCAGAUAAUUUCUAAUCUCUAUCACAAUUUCCCAGAACAAAGAACUCUAAUAGUAACACAUUCUAACCAAGCUCUGAACCAGCUGUUUGAGAAGAUCAUGGCUCUGGACAUAGACGAGCGUCACCUCCUGCGUAUGGGUCACGGGGAGGAGGAGCUGGAAACCGAGAAGGAUUUCAGCAGGUAUGGGCGAGUUAACUAUGUCCUGGCUCGGAGGUUGGAGCUUCUGAGGGAGGUGGGACGGCUUCAGGAGAGCCUUAAUGUGCCAGGAGAUGUUUCCUACACUUGUGAGACAGCUGGCCAUUUCUACUUGUAUCAAGUGAUGUCUCGCUGGGAGGAGUACCUCAGCAAAGUAAAAGCCAAACCUGGAAAGCAGGUUGAUGUUCAGGACGUUAACAGGCAUUUUCCUUUCCACAAGUACUUCUCGAAUGCACCACAGCCUAUCUUUAAAGGACAGUCCUAUGAAGAAGAUAUGGACGUUGCUGAAGGUUGCUUCAGGCACAUAAAGAAAAUAUUCACUCAGCUGGAGGAAUUCAGAGCCUUUGAACUUCUGCGCAGCGGACUGGAUAGGUCCAAGUAUCUCCUGGUAAAAGAAGCAAAGAUUAUAGCUAUGACCUGUACGCACGCUGCCUUGAAACGUCAUGACCUAGUUGAGCUGGGAUUUAAGUAUGACAACAUCCUAAUGGAAGAAGCAGCUCAAAUUCUUGAGAUUGAAACAUUCAUUCCACUGCUCCUGCAGAACCCGGAGGAUGGCUUCAGUAGGCUGAAGAGGUGGAUUAUGAUCGGUGACCACCACCAGCUGCCGCCAGUUAUUAAAAACAUGGCUUUCCAGAAAUACUCCAAUAUGGAGCAGUCCCUGUUCACGAGGUUUGUUCGUUUGGGAGUACCAACCGUUGAUUUGGAUGCUCAGGGCAGAGCGAGAGCAAGCUUGUGCAACCUUUACAACUGGCGUUACAAACAACUGGGGAACCUACCCCACGUUCAGCUGCUGCCAGAGUUCAGAUCAGCCAACGCUGGGCUUGCCUAUGACUUCCAGCUUAUCAAUGUGGAAGAUUUUAAUGGUGUUGGAGAGUCUGAGCCAAACCCCUACUUUUAUCAGAACCUUGCUGAAGCAGAAUACGCAGUGGCACUUUUUAUGUACAUGCGGCUACUGGGUUACCCUGCAGAUAAGAUCAGCAUAUUGACCACCUACAAUGGGCAGAAGCACCUCAUCCGUGAUGUUGUGAACCAGCGCUGUGGAAACAACCCUUUCAUGGGCCGACCAAAUAAGGUGACAACAGUUGACAGAUUUCAGGGACAGCAAAAUGAUUACAUCAUCCUCUCACUGGUCAGAACUAAAGCCGUGGGACAUCUUAGAGAUGUACGGAGGUUAGUUGUUGCGAUGUCCAGAGCCAGGCUAGGGCUGUAUAUUUUUGCCCGAGUCUCGUUGUUCCAGAACUGCUUUGAGCUGACUCCUGCCUUUAACCAGCUUGCAGCACGGCCCCUCCAGCUGCACAUAGUGCCAAAUGAGUACCACCCCACAAACAGACUGAAUUGGAAUCCACCAGCCCACCCUGUUCAGGUAAUCAAGAACAUGCCAGAGAUGGCCAACCUUGUGUACAGCAUGUAUAUGCACAUGAUUCAGAGUACCCACCAAUACAGACAGCAACAACAGCUUCUGCCUCCCCCGUGUCAACUGACAGUUGAAGAGGCUGUUCCAAAUCCAGUCGGGCCAGAGGAUGAAGAGGAAGAAGGAAUAGAGACAGAAGAACAGGCCCAGGCCAAAGAGGAAGAAGACGCAAAAGAGGAGCCAGUGGAAGUGGUGAACAUAGAGGAAGAACACCACCAAAUGCCAGAACACCCUGGUAGAGACAGCGACAGUGAGGACAGUCCAGGAGAAGAAGACCCUGCAAACUAACUCUUUAAUCCUACAAUGUAUGACAUCGGUGGGGAGCAGCCCACAAAUGAGUGAAAUUACAGUUACAGCAUCUGACUUCUCCACUAUUACGCCUAUAAGACUGCUGCUUGCAGUGUUUGCUGUUGGAUAACUAAAACCCAUUUCAACAGGGAGGGGGAACUGUUAGUUCUUUGUUUUAAGGGAAUAGUAUAUUUGCCAAAAAUCUAUAAAGAUGUAUUGAAAAGACUAUGGGGAAAUAGUUAUAGCGAGAGUUGUAUCUUUUUUUUAUUUUUUUUUUUAACUGCUGAAUGAUUAUUUCAUUAUGUUUUUGUUGCUUUUGAGUGAAUUGUUUCAUUAAAAAACCAACACAUUUUAUUUACUUUGGCCAUUUCAAAGUUUGUUAGCCGUGUUCUAUCUGACUUGAAAGUAUGUUCAGGCAGUAUAGUCAAGCUGUGCCACUGAACCAAAAUCAAAUGUACUAAUGCAAAACAGUCUACCCCUCAAAUACCAAAAUAGAUUCCUUCAUCUCCCGAAAAAUAGAUUUCUGGAAACCCUGCCAGCCUGUGAACAAUAUGUACCUUCUACUGCUCACUGCUUUUGCAGGUGCUGAUGGGCACAAUAAGUGGUUUAUCUAGUGGCUCCAGAUUGUUCCGCCAAAAUGUGUCUAUGUAUGAGUGCAGAAUGUGUGCCAAAAUCAAAUGGACUGGACGCUAUUCCCACUGCUGUCCGAGGGCUGGCUUUGCUAGGUCAUCAGUGUAAUCUGAUCCUGGAUUAGAGUUUUGGUAAUCUGAUCCUAGAUCAGACCUUGAGGGAACAGUCUGUAUAGAAAUGUGCAGGUGUAGUAUUGAUGAUUGGUUGUAGUGUACUGUAAUGGAAUUUUUGCAAAGACAAUAAGUGCAUUUUAUAAUUCUAUUUGUAUACACCACCCACUCGAUAUAUUGCGGGUGUCGGGGUCCAAUACAAAUCUGCUAUAGAUCAAUGGCCAGUAUAAAUCCUUUACGCAACCUGCUUUUUCAUAUAAAAAGCAACACACCAUUUUAAUUUGUACAACGGAGGGUAAUUGCUUCUCAUCAACUUCAGUCGCCAAUUAACUUAACAAGUCUUCCUCUCCUUUCUCAAUUGCACAAACCCGCUACAUUGAAAAAAUCCAUUCACAACACAGGAGGCUCAUUGCUUGGGAGCUGACGUCACUGCCUUGUGACUUUUUUGCUAGUGCAUUGCUGCCACACGUGAACACCUAGUUGGCUAAAAUAAAAACAUCUUCAGCAAGUAGAUAUUUAAUUUGCUUUCUGUUAUUGUGCAAUAUGUAACAUGAUUGCUGGCAGCAUAAAAAGUGGAGACGUAAAGUCACUUUAGUGCAGGGUGAGUCAUGAUGCUUAGAUUCUUUGUGUUGAGUUACUGAUCUUGGCUGGGAGCCCUAGUGGGAGAGCUGCAUUGGCCUGCGACUAAUGUGUGGGAUAGUUCACUUCAUUUACACCUACUGACCAAAGACCCGACAAUGAGGAACUUACUACACCAGAUGUCUGGAGUUUAGUCAUUCAGCUAUAAUGUAUGCCUUUAGGUCAUAGUCUCAGUAAAUAAUGUACACCACUGACUUUUAUGUAUCCUCUGAGACAGUGUGGUCUAGUGGUGCAAAUCGGUAACUAUUCAAUGUUCUUAAUGAAUCCCAUGAUUUUUCCUUGUGUGUGCUACUUUUUCUUUACCCUCCAUGCAUUGUUUAAAAUUGCAUAGUUCUAUAUGGAUUAAAGUUCAAACAUUAACAAACAACAACCUGCUAUUUAAUUAAAAUCACAAAUUUAGGAGCCAGCCUAUGAACUGGGUUUUUAUUUAUUUAUUUACUUAUUUUUUUAAUUGAUCAUGGCUGAUGGUUGAUUGCUGUAUGUAUAUUUUACUUUAGUAAUAAAUAUAUUGUGAAAUGCCUGUGAAACCUCAAAGGAAUUUUGUGGAUGAGAGCUGACAUGACAAGCAUCCAAGUGCCAACGUCAUUAACCUCUCAAUUUACAGUUUGAAUGCUGGAAAUGAUAGAUUAAAAUGGGUAACAAAUAAUACCAAUACUAAACGGGAUGUUGUUGUGCAUAUCCAAACUGGAAUAUUGUUUUGCAAACUUCAUACUGCCCUUGAAGGAUGUUUGUUAUCAGAGGAGGGGAGGGGUUUCAAACUAUCUGAUCUUAAUAUCAUAUCAUGUGUAACAUGUAUAAACCUGUUUUUUUUUUUUUUUUCUGGACUUCCAGUAGACUGUUUUGCAACUUACAUCCUUUGUAUAAUCCCCUUUUACAUUGUUAUGUUGCAUAUUUAAUCAUUAGUAAUAAUUUAAAUGCAAUUGCAAACCCGGGGUUACGUAUUUGGGUUGCAAUUUGUGCAAAAUGUAUGAGAUUAAAAAAUAGUAAAAGGCAA